UCUCAUUUGCAAACAUUGCUGGGCAGCUCAGGGAAAAAGAAGGGACUAAGUACCUGUAAUUAACUGGACUAUAAUUCAGUUCAUCACCACACCGUUGCAGCAAAUGGAUCUUUUGCAGAAAACAGCAGGAAGCAACAUGAAAUCCCAGGUCCUUGUUUUCCUCUCUCUGUUCUGUUUCUGGACAACCAUCUCUGAGGGGAGAGACUCAUCAUCCACAUCCGUUACAAGCUCACAGACUCCCACAGCUAUCUCGACUACACCUUCUCACACCCUGCUCCUGGAUAUGCCAAAAGACGUGGACAAAGAGGAAGGUCUCCCAGAUGAUGUCCUGAAGAUGAUUGCUCAAGCAAAUAUCCAAAGUAUCAGUGAUUUGGAAAACCUCCUGGGCGUCAAGGCCAAAGGCAGUGACACUGCUGAAAUGAGACCUAGAUCCAGACCAGGUAAGCCACAUUGGCCGGAUUCAUACAAAGCUUCUUACGAGUACCUUCAACAAAAGGCCCACAAUGACGAACUCUCGCCCCCGUUGCAUCGCCCAGUAGUACCACAAGAGUCUUCUCUACAGAACCAGCAGUCACCAUUCAAAACAGUGCACUUCAUGACCAGAGCAGGUGGAUGCAAAACAAGAGCAGUCACCGUUGAUGUUCCUCGGUACAAAGUGGACCCUGCUUCAGUGGGCUUCUUUCUGUGGCCAUCCUGUGUUGAAAUACAACGCUGCUCUGGUUGUUGUAACACCAAAGCCUAUAAGUGCAUUCCGUCUCAUGCAACGUACAGGCCCUUUCAGAUAGCAAAGAUAACUUAUCGAUAUGGUCGGAAAGAACUCACCAUUCACACUGUAAGCAUCAGAGAGCAUCUAAGCUGUAACUGUACAGACCUAGCAAAGUUAAAUCACUCAAGGUUUCCCUCGAGGUAUUACAAACAGUCAACUGACAACUGAGAGGCAACCUCACAGCCAAUACAGGAGCCUACAAAGCACAUUAAUGAGAAACAACUAAUAUAUUGCAUGCAUUAAAGAGGCAGUAUUCUCUCUCACUCUUUCUGGACUAUGGGAGCAUCCUUUCUUCAAAGCUGGCUCAAUGAAGAACAGAUGGAGCUGGGACUAGUGGGAUGUUGUGUGGAUUCUCAAUUACUGGGCACCCUGCCAGGUCCACUUGUGAUGUGCAAUGACAGAGAGAAGCUUCCCCGUCUUUCCUACACUUCUCCAUGGUCAACUUGGUGACUUGCAACAAUUCUACAGUACGGAGAGAAGUGAUCCUCAGACUAGGGACUGAGGAUAAGAGAGACAUUUUGUUUACUUUCUAAACUUUCAUUCUGCUGGUAAGGGGCUUUUGGUUCACACUGAAGGUUUAUAACAAAAUACUUUUAAAUGAUGUAUAAUAAAACGUUCAUAGCUUA